AUGGUGAGCCCUUUAAGAAAAGUGGAUUUAUAAAUUAAGAGGCUAUAUAGAAUUGGCAAAAUUAACUUCAAUUAUAAGAUAUCAAUCAAAUCAAAAGUUAAGAAUGCAGUGGAAGUAUUUCGAAGAUUAUAUGUCAAAAUAUUGUUCUAAAAAAAUGACAUGUUAAUAGGCUUAGAAUAAAAAACGUAAGCAAUAACAAAACCAAUAAAGAAAGAAGGAAAAAUCAGAAUUUAACAAAAAUAAUUUAUUAAAGAGUGCAAGGGGGAAAAGGUAGAAAGAAAUAUAAAGAAGUUGAAUUGCUGUGGAGAGAAGUAGAGGGGUGGGGUUGGGUUUUAGAAUUGUGUAUAAUUAUGCAGCUGUUGUAAUUUAGAUAUUUUAUGUGAGGGAAUCAUUGGGAAUUUGGGUUAUUAGGUAUAUAUGUUAAGUUUCAAUAAAGAUCUUUGAAAAUUAAAAAAGAAAAAAGGCUGAAAAGCAGAGAAUGUUUAGCCUAGAAAAGAGGCCGCUGAGAUAUGAUAGCAACCAUCAAGUAUUUGAAGCCCUGUCACACGGAUUUGCAGCAAAUUUGGAGCUUGCUGCUGUUGUUUGCUGUUGAUUCAUUGGUUCAAAUGACAAUAAAUGGGAUUCUUACUGAUCAUUAGGAAGAAUAGCCCCUCCUCUGACUGGGGAAGAUCCUUCCCCACUUACCAAAGGUGUCAUGGACUUUGAAGACGCUCAAACUCAGGCCAAAAGGGAGAAAGAGGAAGCGCUUGUUUGGCAAACCCUGAUCAACUCUUGUCCGGAAACCUAUGUCCCCACUGUGGAAGGACGUGUGGAUCCAGAAUUGGCCUCCACAGUCACUUAUGGACUCACUGAUAAAGGCUGUGUUCAUGGAAGACAAUCUUACUCGGCUACAAGUUAUCACCAAAGAAAGAAGACUUGGCAGAGGCUGACCUGCAAACACUGGUACCUGAGUAAAACUCUGCCCUGAUAUCAGCUGGGCAUGUAAGUGUUGUGGGGAGCCUGACGGUUUGCAGGGUUAGCUUGUGCAACCAGCAUCAGAGGGUAUGGAAUUAUUUGACCCCCAGAGCCAUCUGAAGGCAGUUCUGUAUAUGGAAGUUUUAAAAAAUGUUUAAUGUUGGCUCCCAGUACCUUUCUGAGCACAAUUCAAAGUGUUGGAGCUGACCUUUAAAGCCCUAAAUAGCCUUAGCCCAGUAUACGUGAAGGAGCAUCUCCAUCCCCAUCGUUCAGCCUGGACACUAAUGUCCAGCUCCGAGGGCCUUCUGGCAGUUCCCUCCCCGUGAGAAGUGAGGUGACAGGGAACCAGGGCCUUCUCGGUAGUGGCUCCCAACCGUCAGAUGUCAAGGAAAUAAACAACUAUCUGACUUUUUGAAGACAUGUGAAGGCAGCCCUGUUUAGGGAAGUUUUGAAUGUUUGAUGUUUUAUUCUGUUUUUAAUAUUCUGUUGGGAGCUGCCCAGAGUGGCUGGGGAAACCCAGCCAGAUGGGCAGGGUGUAAAUAAUAAGUUAUUAUUUUUAUUAUGUUUUUUAUAUAUGUUGAAAGCUGCUCAGAGUGGUUGGAGCAAUCGUUAGAUGGUGGAGAAUAAUAAUAAUAUAGGUAAAGGUAAAGGGACCCCUGACCAUUAGGUCCAGUCAUGGCCGACUUGGGGGUUGCGGCACUCAUCUUACUUUAUUGGCUGAGGGAGCCAGCGUACAGCUUCCGGGUCAUGUGGCCAGCAUGACUAAGCCGCUUCUGGCGAACCAGAGCAGUGCACGAAAACGCCGUUUCAAACUGCUAGGUUGGCAGGAGCUGGGACCGAGCAAAGGGAGCUCAACCCGUCGCAGGGAUUCGAACCGCCAACCUUCUGAUCGGCAAGUCCUAGGCUCUGUGGUUUAACCCACAGUGCGACCUGCAGCCCCAAUAAUAAUACAGUGGUACCUUGGGAUGCGAACAGGAUCCGUUCCGCAGCCCCGUUCGCAUCCUGAAUGGAACGCAAGACGCAACAGCGUGUGUGCUUGGGUCAUGUUUCACCGCUUACGCGGAUGCGCUUGACGUCAUUUUGACUGCGCAUGCACGAGCAGCGAAACCCGGAAGCGCUCAACCUGAAGUGUAUUUAUCCCGAGGUAUGACCCACAGGACGCGGGUGGCGCUGUGGGUUAAACCACAGAGCCUAGGACUUGCCAAUCAGAAGGUCAGCGGUUCGAAUCCCCGCGACGGGGUGAGCUCCCAUUGCUCGGUCCCAGCUCCUGCCCACCUAGCAGUUCAAAAGCACGUCAAAGUGCAAGUAGAUAAAUAGGUACCGCUCCAGCGGGAAGGUAAACGGCGUUUCCAUGCGCUGCUCUGGUUCGCCAGAAGCGGCUUAGUCAUGCUGGCCACAUGACCCGGAAGCUGUACGCCGGCUCCCUCGGCCAAUAAAGCGAGAUGAGUCAGCCACAACUGGACCUAAUGGUCAGGGGUCCCUUUACCUUUACCUUAUGACUGUAUAGGCUGUCCCUAUUUCCAUCAGAGCACUGUUGGAGGGUACCCUAAUGUACGGGUUACACACACGCAGCGGAACUAAAUGUUAAACACCCUCCUCUGGGGGAGCCCCUAAAAUGAACCAUUCUGAACUUUCUGUCUCUCUCUCUCCUCCCUAUCUCAGAGUCAGGCAACAAAACAAAGGAUCUAUUUCCCUUUUCUACUGCAAAACGUCUUUCUGUGGCGCCUCCCCCUUUUGCGCAGCCCCCCAAUCAGGCCAGUGCUACCCAUGAUGAGCGUCUGUUCCCUCCCACACAACUUUCCUUUAAUCCUGUGAAAUUGUCUCCGGUCCCUUGAUCUUUUCCUCUCUCCCACUUCUUUUUUUUAAACUCCGGCUCAGCAGUUUGUUUACGGUCCCUUGCUUCCCCUUCUUCUCGCGCUGCCGGACAAGUGUCUGCCCAGUGGCAUUCCGGGCGAGCGAAGGUAAGCUCCGCGCACGGCUGGCUGGAUUUUGUCCCUUUUUUAUUCUUAUUUUUGUUCCAAUUUUUUUUUUAUAUAUUACUAUUUUUUGCUCCAGCUGUUGGUCGCGCUCGAGGGAGGGAGCCCAGCGCCAGAAGCGUCGGCGGAGAUCUGCCAAGCAUUUGCUGAAUGGGAGAAUAUUCAUCGCAUUGGAGCUUUUGAAAGUGGGUCUAUUUCUUUUCCUUCUCUCCCCGCUCCUGGUUUGCUUUUGUAUUUCGCCUUUUCUGCUUCUUAAAAGCGGGGGAAGUAUUAAAGUGGAUGGGGAAACCCAGCCAGUUGGGCGGGGAAUAAAUACAUAAAUAAAUUUAUUAGUAGUAGUAGUAGUAGUAGUACCCGCGCCAACUCCAAAUUUCACUUUUCCUGGACUUUAUAUCAAAAUGCCAUGCUAUGAUACUAUAAGAGAAAACGACGUUCUUUCUUUCUUAUGAAACGAUGUGCUUGUGAUAAACUUCGAUGGUGGUGGAGUGUUCAAAUGAGAGAUAAAUUGGGCAGCGAGCACUUUUCUUAAUGGCUUGGGAAAAAGAGACCACCCCCAUCCUUCCAAGAUUUCUUGGUUUCCUAGUCCUCUUACACUCUCCCCCUUUUGGGCUUCCAACAGUGCAAUCGUCUGCCAGUCUACUCGGAAGUAAGUCCCAUUGUGUGCAGCGGGGCUUACUCCCAGGUAAGUAUGCAUAGGAUUGCAAACGUAGGGCGACUUACUGGAGAGUAAGCCCCCAUCGAACACAAUGGGACAUACUUCUGAGUAGACACACGUGGGACUGGAACUUAUGGUUGCUGCUGUAAUAAUUGAAUUCGAACCUCGAAAGAGAAUUUCCUAAAAGUUAAUGCCCUGGGAGAGCUAAGCCUCUGUUUUCAGAACUGGCUUCUCUACCAGAAUCAUGGGAAGGAGAGACUGACCAAAUUAAAAAACCCUUUCCCUAUGAAUCCCCAUUAGAAUCUUAUUAUUGAACCCAGGUCUCUUGUCGCCUUGAGAAAUAUAUUAAAUAUUUUGCAUUUCUCUAUGUUACUGUCCUAACAGUUUAGCAGUUUUCAUCCUGUAGCAGACACAGGACCAGAGUGGUCUUAUUUUAUUUUAUUUUUUGAGAUUAGGGGAAAGGGGGGGCAUGAACUUUUUACUUGUAAUGCUUGUAUUGUGGUGUACAAGGACACCUCCCAGCAAACCAAGUAUGCAGGGCUACGCUCAACAAAAGGAUCUGAUCCGGUAGACAUGUGGCUCAAAUCACCUGACAUCAAAUGAUCAAAAAGUGUGUGUGUGUGUGUGUGUGUGUGUGUGUGUGUGUGUGUGUUGGGGGGGGAGGGGAUUGUGGUUGCCAAGGAAGGAGCAAGGGAGAUGGCAUGGAAACUCUCCUGUACGUUACAAUUUUCUUAAAAAGCAACAGGUCUCUGUUUUAUUUAUUGGUGUGUGUUUUUAAGUGGGUAAGCGGAAAAGCAAUUUAACCUCCUUCUCCCUUCCCUAUACAAAUACUACUGCUCUAAUUAUAGCAUUAAGGCUGCAAGCCCAUGCAGACUGUGUCAGGAGUAAGUUUCAUGGGUAAAGCUUACUUCUGAGUAAGUUGCAUGAGAUCGCAUUAAAACUGCAGGAAACUGUUACACCCAGCAAGGGUCUUCUUCUUCUUGUUGUUGUUGCUUAUUGUUUACUGGAUCUUUGUAUUUUUAAAGAGGAGCAAGGACACAAGUGGCAAUUCACAUUCUUUCAAAGGUGCAGACUGUUGUAGUUAGUCAUGGAGAUUUACUCUGCAUGUGCUCAGUGACUUUUUCAGUGAUUCAAAUACCCCCAGGGCUACAUCCUAGCCUGAAAACAGGUUCUGGGGUGACCACAGAUUUUCUUGAUGAUGAUUUAAUGUGCUGUAACCCCAGGAAUAUUAGAGGAGACAUAAAUGCCCAGAGGACUUGCAGUCUAGUUCAUACAGUUCUUGUGGAGUAUAAGGAGACAUUUGAGAAUGUAUAGCAAAGGUUGGUUAGAAGGGAUUUUGCAGGUGAUGGAGGGACAGCUUAGAUGGUACUAGGGCAAAUCUGAAAGGGGGCUGAAGAUAGAACCCACUUCUCACCCUCUCCAGAAUAUCAUAAGGUUAGAUCCAUUUUGGUGGUCACAAUCAUCCUGCCACAACCCCUGUCCGUAAAACUCUGCAGAGAUUUAAAUAUCUGCAAAACUUUCCUGACGGGAGAUGACAGUGGGACAAGAUGAAUGCCUCAUGGACCACCGCAGCCUUCUGAAAAGCCAGCUAUUAUCUGCCUCUGGCCUUGGGUGAAGAAAAUAAAGUGGUCAUUAGAAGGACACUGAAUAGAUUAGAGAAGCGUGUUCUGAACCCACAUGGAGUGUCGUGGCAGGAAGACAUAGGAAACAGUGCUUUUCAGGCUGAAAUCUCUCAGAAGAAAAAUUUCUUACUUCAUUAGUGGGGCAUUACUUCCAAGUAAAUAUGCUUAAGGUUGCAGCUGUUGGCUGCAAUUGUGUUCCCACUUACCUGGAAAUAAGACUCAUGGAACUAAAUAGCGCUUACAAUCUGAGUAGACACGCCUUGAAAUGCGCAGUCAGUGACAAUCUCGCAUAUGUCAAAGCAAUAUUUAUCGUCCUAACUCCCUUUGCGCCUGUUCUAUAUUACCUCUCCUGAAUCAGUCCUGACGCAUAAAUCAGUGCUCCAUUUAUUCCUAGUUGAUUACCGCUUAUAAAAUUGGUGAAAUUUGAAAGUGCUUACUCCUAUGUACUCAAUGCUCGUUCUGCUUGGGGUUCUUCAGCUGGGUCCCAUCCAAACUGACUAGGUCUACAUCUAGGAACACAGGAAGCUGUUUUAUACUGAGUCAGACCAUUGGUUCAUCUAGCAAAGUUCUGUAUACACCAGGGCCCUCCAGAAUUUGCUGCACUACAACUCCCCAAAGCCCCAGCCAACAGAGCCAAUGUUCAGAGGCACUGGGAUCUGUAGUCUCACCGCAUCUAGAGGACCAGUGAUUCCCCAUCUCUGUUCUGUGCUGCCUUGCGGUGGAUCUUUGGGAUUUGAGACAGGAGAUUUUCCCAGCACCACCUAGAGAUGACAGUAAUGCCUACUGCAUUCAUAACAUGAGAUAACCCUUCCUUUGACACCAGGUUUCCCAAACUUGGGACUUCAGAUGUUUUUUGAGACUACAAUUCCCAUCAUCCCUGACCACUGGUCCUGCUAGCUAGGGAUGAUGGGAGUUGUAGUCCAAGUUUAGAAAACCCCAAUUUGACACAACAUCACCUACAUCUAGUAAACAAAUCUGAACAAAAGCUUGAUAAAAGGGUUGUCUGGAAGCUCUGCUUUGUCUCCAUCCUCCUCAAACAAUUUAAACCUUUUGUCUUUUGGGAUUUUCUGUACAGUAGUACCUCUGGUUACGUACUUAAUUCGUUCUGGAGGUCCAUUCUUAACCUGAAACUGUUCUUAACAUGAGGUACCACUUUAGGUAAUGGGGCCUCCCGCUGCUGCCACUGUGUGAUUUCUGUUCUCAUCCUGAAGCAAAGUUCUUAACCCGAGGUACUAUUUCUGGGUUAGCGGAGUCUGUAACCUGAAGCGUCUGUAACCCGAGGUUACAGUGUAGUAGCUAGUGAACUGAAACCAACAGCUUGUGUCUCACAUUUUGCCUCAAGGCUGGUCAGUUUCAUCUCAGCCUUUAUGCUAGCAGAAUACGGUUUCCUCGUCCCCAUGCACUGAAACACCUAUCGGCUUGGUUUUAAACAGGGCUGCCCUAGGUCCAGAAUUUCACGGACAUAGCCGGGAUUCGUCCUUCGAAAAUGGCGUCUGGGCGGAAUUUUCGGAAAGCGGCAAAAACGACGGGGGAAACCCUUGUGUAUGGCAGCACAUAUUGGAAAUGUUGCUUUUGGGGGGUGAUUUUCCAGGGGGGCAGGGUACCUUCAUGGGGGGGAUUGUGCAAAAGCUAAACUCCCCCCCCCCUCAAAAGUAACAACUUUGCCAAACAAAAAGCUCAAAACCCUUUUUGUGUCUGGAUUUUCACUUUCUGAAACAUCAGGGAGAAAUGGUGUCUGUUACAUGCGUAUGACAUAUUGUCCUAUAUUGCCUUUGAGUUGGUUUUCCCAAGACCUUAGGUGCAGUUGCAUGUUAUGAAACACAGAAUCAUAGAGUUGGAAGGGAUGCCCAAGGGUAAUUUAGUCCAAUCCCCUGCAUUAACUCAAUCAACUCAAGCAUUAAUAAUAAUAAUAAUAAUAAUAAUAAUUAUUAUUAUUAUUAUUAUUAUUAUUAUUAUUAUUAUUUAUUUAUACCCCGCCCAUCUGGCUGGGUUUCCUCAGCCACUAUGGGUGGCUCCCAACAGAAUAUUAAAAACAGAAUAAAACAUCAAACAUUAAAAACUUCCCUAAACAGGGCUGCCUUCAGAUGUCUUCUAAAAGUCAGAUAGUUGUUUAUCUCUUUGACAUCUGAUGGGAGGGCAUUCCACAGGGCGGGCGCCACCACCGAGAAGGCCCUCUGCCUGGUUCCCUGUAACUUGGCUUCUCACAGUGAGGGAACCGCCAGAAGGCCCUUGGAGCUGGACCUCAGUGUCCAGGCUGAACGAUGGGGGUGGAGAUGCUCCUUCAGGUAUACUGGGCUGAUCCAUGACAGAUGGAUACUUUAUACGGGAUUCUUCACAACAUGUUUGCCCUGGGUAUAAGAGUGCUUAAAUGUCUGGUGUGGGUGUGAUCAAUGGCUGCUCCAAAGUCCUGUGGCUGGCAGGAACUGAAUGGUGCACCAUGUGCACAAAUGGCUCCUGUUGCUAGCAAGGACAUGUAAGUGGGUGCUGGGUGGCAUCUUUACAGGUCUGCCACUCCUAUGUUUUGGUGGCGCAAGACAGAAUAUGUGCACACAUGUGCGCCAGCCCAAAAGUGUGCUGCCGAUCUCUGCUUGGGAGUCAUUUCCUCUGAGUCUAAAAAAAGUGAUUGCUGAACUUUCCCCAGGUAUUUGAACCAUCCGUCAACUUGGCUUGCCUGUGAGGUAGAGGGAGAGUCUUGUCCUAUAAACCCUGAUCUCGAUUGAAAAUAGAUCGUGUCUCAUUGACAUGCUCCACUCUUUUGCGUUCGUUGAGGCAUCAUAGCAGGGCUUUGUUUUGUUUGCAGGUUGGGUGAUAGCUAACCCUCAUCCUAAACACAUUUACUUGGAACAUAAUAUUAAGGAACAGCACUCCGUGGAGCUGGAAUGUCGUUGGCAGUGUACCUAAUCCUGAACUUGCAUUUAGAACUCGUUGUUGUUGUUGUUUAGUCGUUUAGUUGUGUCCGACUCUUUGUGACCCCAUGGACCAGAGCAACGUCAGGCACUCCUGUCUUCCACUGCCUCCAGCAGUUUGGUCAAACUCAUGUUAGUAGCUUCAAGGACACUGUCCAACCAUCUCGUCCUCUGUCGUCCCCUUCUUCUUGUGCCCUCCAUCUUUCCCAACAUCAGGGUCUUUUCCAGGGAGUCUUCUCUUCUCAUGAGGUGGCCAAAGUAUUGGGGCCUCAGUAUAAAACAAAUGCCCUACUGGAACAGCUACAUGAGAAGACGAAUUUGAUGGCUGAUUCGAUUAGAAAUUUUGAACAGGCAGUGGGAAAAUAUGUGGAGCCCACCCAGGAAUUAAAUCAGGAGUGUGCCCUGACAGAACAGGCCCAACAGGAAUAUGAGCUUUCGGAUUUGACAAAUGAACUUGGAAAAAGCCAGAUUUGGAAAGAAAAGGUUUGGUUUGGUUUGGAAAUGGGGGACUGGAUAGACCCUCCUAUGCAGGGAUGUUUGGACUUUUUAAGUCUGGCAAUGGGCCGUGAGAUGUUUGGGAUUGUGGGGGCUCUCAAUUUUGGAGGGAUUUUGAAACAUGUUUUUAAAUACCACAUGGAAUUUAGUGUCGAUUAUGGAAAAGGGGCUGAUCUGUCGAGAAGGGUCAAAAAUAUUGCUAAGCUGGAGUUCCCACGAGUGAAACGAGCAGGAGACAAGGGAAAAUACAGUUACAAAUAUGAAGAAGAGCUGCGGAAGGGACAUGGAAGAGACUUAAGGGCCUCGGAUAUAAGGUUACCAGGUUAAUGCGCCAGAUCGAUGGGAUAAUAAGGACUGACAAAACCCGGGACCAGGAGGAAGGGACGCUGGAUGAAGAUUGGAUUUGUUUUUAUUUCUUUUUUUCACUACUAGGACUGUUUUAUAAAAUUGAUGAAUGUUAGAAAAAUGUUGGAAUGAAAUUACUUGGCUUUAGUAAAAAUGUUUAAAGAAUUAUGGAAGAAUAUUAUGGUUAUGAGAAGUUGGUAAAAAUAAGAUUUAAGUUUUAAGUUUCAAGGUUUUUUAUAGUAAGAUAAGAUUAAAAUAGUUUAAGGUAAGGUAAUGACAGAAUAUUAUGAAAUAUGGAAAGGAUCUGCUGUGACAAUUAACAACCAGGACACAAGGAAGGGGAGGAGGAGGAGGUCAAGGAAAGAGGGUAAUGACAGUUGAGGAUUUGAGAAUAAUGGAUUUGUUUUUAAAUGUUUUUAAAUGUUUGUGGUGUAUUUUUUGUUUUUUUCUCUCUUAUUUUGAAUUUGUAUUUGUAUGGUUGGAAGUGGCUUGUUUUUCUCUUUUUCUACUUUGUUUUCUUUUGUAACUUUAAAAAAAUUUUCCCCCCCAAUAAAUAUCAUUAAAAAACAAACAAACAAAGUAUUGGGGCCUCAGCUUCAGGAUCUGUCCUUCCAAUGAACACUCAGGGCUGAUUUCCUUCAGAAUGGAUAGGUUUGAUCUUCUUGCAGUCCAUGGGACUCUCAAGAGUCUCCUCCAGCACCAUAAUUCAAAAGCAUCAAUAGGAUCACUUAGUCCAGCAUUUCCCAGCAGCAAGGCUCUGGGGUGAUAUCUGGGGUUUUUUAACUGUAAAUCUAAGAUAGAUCUUUUGUAUGUUCUCUGUCUUGGAGCUACAUACAGUCCCUUCCCCUGAAGGUGUAACUUAUCUUCCCUAAAUUUCAUAGAUUUGUCUGGGAAAGGAACUCAGGGCCUCUUAAGCAGCUGCUUCCUCCAUUGAACUGAACAGGGUAGACCGGGAGGGUAUAGACGAUCCAGGUGUGUCUCAGGCCUGCCAGGACGAAUUGCUGGAGCAGAGCGAGGAAACAUGACUCAGCAAAAUAAAAGCAACAUGACCCAGCAAAAUAAAGGAGGCCCAUUUUGCACUACUAUUUCAGUUGUUUAAGCUCUGGUUGUUUAAUUCAGCUGUGCAGUUUCGAGAACCGCAAUGGGAAAGGAAGGACAGAUUAAUGUUUUCCUCCAGUGACCACUGUUAAGGCUGCUCCUUUGGGACGUAUCAUGUGUGCUAGGAACAUGGGGAUUUGCUUUACAGUGGUACCUUGGUUCUCAAACUUAAUCCGUUCCAGAAGUCCAUUCCCAAACCAAAGCGUUCCAAAACCAAGGCGCGCUUUCCCAUAGAAAGUAAUGCAAAAUGGAUUAAUCCGUUCCAGACUUUUAAAAACAACCCCUAAAACAGCAAUAUAACAUUAAUUUUGCUAUCUAGCGAGACUAUUGAUCCAUAAAAUGAAAGCAAUAAACAAUGUACUUCAGUCACACAAUCAAUCAAUCAAGAGCCGCAAAAACACAAAAUAAAUAGCAAAAACAGACAGACCUCAGUGUAACACUCAAAACGGAAGCGUAACACUCAAAACGGAGCACAUUCAGCUUCCAAAAGAAAGUUCGCAAACCGGAACACUUACUUCCAGGUUUGCAGUGUUUGGGUUCCAAGUUGUUUGAGUACCAAGGCAUUUGAGAACCAAGGUACCAUUGUAUAUCAGAACCACUAGUUCAUCAGUCAUGUGUACACUGACUGACUGGUAGUAGCUGUCCGGGGUUUCAGGCAGGAGUCACUCCCAGCCCUACCUCGAGUUGCCAGGGAUCGGGACCUUCUGCCUCCCAAACAGAGGCUCUGCCACUGAGCUACUAACAGUCACGGCGCUGAAUGUUGCUCUUCCUCUUAAAUAUCCCACACCUUUCCAGCUUGCGCCGGCUGCCGUGUUGAAAUGGCCCUAACAAUCCCUCGCAACCACACAUGCGUACCAAAGGAAUGUCAAGUAAGCUUAGUAACAAAUCUUUUGCUGGUUCAGAAGGUUAACCCGGCUGCCUGGCGGUUUCACAGCUGUUGCUCCUGUUGACAAUCGCUUUGGCUCUCUCUUGGCUGAGAUGUGUCACGGAAAAGUGUCUGCCCUGAGUUCUGGCUCGUCAAAGCGCAGGUGGCUGAAGAAAUCUCUUAAACAUGUUGCAUUUAAACAGGGUUUUCUCCUAAACUGCCAUCCAAUGGGGCAUGGCUUAGGGCUGGGGUGUUUGUUAGGAAUGAAUAUUUUUUCAUGAUAGUGUGUGUGUGUGUUUGUAUUCUAGAGACAACCUGUGGAGGACCCAUGCAAUCUAACUUUAGUGCUGUGCUUCUUCCAGCACUACCUCGGGGAUUUUUCUGACCAAGGAUGGGAAAUACCGUAUUUUUCGCUCUAUAAGACGCACCAGACCACAAGACGCACCUAGUUUUUGAUGGAGGAAAACAAGAAGAAGAAAAAUUCUGAAUCUUAGAAGCCAGAACAGCUGCGCAGUGAAAGCAGCAAUCCCUCUUGCUGUUCUGGCUUCUGGGAUAGCUGCACAGCCUGCAUUCGCUCCAUAAGACACACACACAUUUCCCCUUACUUUUUGGGAGGGAAAAAGUAAGUCUUAUAGAGCAAAAAAAUACGGUAUCUGUGGCCAAGGCAUCCUUGAAACUAUAAUCAAUUAUUUCAACAGGCAACAAUGUUUUCAAGCGUUGCUUAUCCCAUUCUACGAUAAUUGCAUUUUUGCAUUAAAACAAGCUCUUUUCCUCUGCAGCAGACGCUCCAACAUUUCUCCGAUGAAAAUAAGGACGUCCUAUUCCAUACUAGUAAUAAUAAUUUUAUUACUUACACCCCGCCCAUCUGACUGGGCGGCUUCCAACAUAUAUAAAAACAUAAUAACACAUUAAACAAUGUCCCUAUACAGGGCUACCUUCGGAUGUCUUCUAAAGGUUGUAUAAUUAAUACAAGAUAAUAAUACAAUAACAAAUACAAGAUGGGUGACACCUGGCUUGAGAGCAGUACAUGUGAAAAGGAUCUAGGAGUCUUGGUUGACCACAAACUGGACAUGAGCCAACAGUGUGACCGCGGCAGCUAAAAAGCCAAUGCAAUUCUGGGCUGCAUCAAUAGGAGUAUAGCAUCUAGAUCAAGGGAAGUAAUAGUGCCACUGUAUUCUGCUCUGGUCAGACCUCACCUGGAGUACUGUGUCCAGUUCUGGGCACCACAGUUCAAGAAGGACACUGACAAACUGGAACGUGUCCAGAGGAGGGCAACCAAAAUGGUCAAAGGCCUGGAAACGAUGCCUUAUGAGGAACGGCUAAGGGAGCUGGGCAUGUUUAGCCUGGAGAAGAGGAGGUUAAGGGGUGAUAUGAUAGCCAUGUUCAAAUAUAUAAAAGGAUGUCACAUAGAGGAGGGAGAAAGGUUGUUUUCUGCUGCUCCAGAGAAGCGGACAUGGAGCAAUGGAUCCAAACUACAAGAAAGAAGAUUCCACCUAAACAUUAGGAAGAACUUCCUGACAGUAAGAGCUGUUCGACAGUGGAAUUUACUGCCAAGGAGUGUGGUGGAGUCUCCUUCUUUGGAGGUCUUUAAGCAGAGGCUUGACAACCAUAUGUCAGGAGUGCUCUGAUGGUGUUUCCUGCUUGGCAGGGGGUUGGACUCGAUGGCCCUUGUGGUCUCUUCCAACUCUAUGAUUCUAUGAUUCUAAUUACUAAUCUCCUUGGCUCGUGGGUGGCAUAGCUCCAUACACUCCAACGUUUCUCUGAGGAAAAUAGGGAUGUCCUAAGGAAAAGCGGAACAUUUCAGGAUCAAAUCAGAAACUGGGACAGCUUCUGUAACUCUGGGACUGUCCCUGGAAAAUAGGGACACUUGGUCUUCUCCAGCAACAGACUGCCACAUUUAUUUUCAGUAACUUAAAAAGAAAAUAACCUUCUCAGUGUUAUUUCUGCACCUUCCUGCUGCUGCCACUAAAUGGGGUAUGGAUGCGGAAAGAAAAACAAUUUCAUAAUGGGUUUGUGUUUGCCUCUACAUAAUUCCAUCCUUAUUUCAGACAAAGUGAUAUAUCCCUAUAUCACAAUGUUUAGCUGGUGAUACAUUGCUAUGUUGAUAAGUAGAUAUCUCCCAGUCCUACUCCAGUGCUGGGCUUCUUCCUGCACAGAGGGAAAUACGAACCUUUUAUUCCAACUACUGCAGGGAUGUGUGGUUAGGGAAAGGGCAAUCAUAGAAUUGUAGAAUUGGAAGGGGCCCAACUCCAUCUAGUCCAGCCCACUGCAACGCUGGAAUCACCCGUGUUCCCUCUUCUCCCAGUGAUUGCCUCCAAGCUGUUGCUACUCCCCUCAAAAAAUCAGAUUUUUGCACAGUGGAGGUGUGCUCAGGGAAGUGUGAGUUAGAGCUCGCUUUCAAGCGCCGUCAUCAUACAAAUCGGAGUGAAUUCUUAUUAAAUAGACAGCGUGGCCUCAUUGCCCUGAAAACAGAUCAGGCUGAACCCUCAAUAAACAAGUCUUUUGGAAGCAUGCUGUAUCUCUUUGUCAGAUAAGGCUGCUUGUGGGAAGAAUUAUUUGGAAAGCUUUAUGGUGAGCAGUGAGGUCCAGCUCCGAGGGCCUUCUGGCGGUUCCCUCGCUGCGAGAAGCCAAGUUACAGGGAACCAGGCAGAGGGCCUUCUAGGUAGUGGCACCUGCCCUGUGGAAUGCCCUCCCACCAGAUGUCAAGGAGAAAAACAACUACAGUGGUACCUCGGGUUACAUACGCUUCAGGUUACAGACUCCGCUAACCCAGAAAUAGUGCUUCAGGUUAAAAACUUUGCUUCAGGAUAAGAACAGAAAUCUUGCUCCAGCGGCGCGGCAGCAGCAGGAGGCCCCAUUAGCCAAAGUGGUGCUUCAGGUUAAGAACAGUUUCAGUUUAAGAACGGACCUCCGGAACAAAUUAAGUACUUAACCCGAGGUACCACUGUACCAGACUUUUAGAAGACAUUUGUAGGCAGCGCUGUUUAGGGAAGCUUAUAGUGUUUAAUAGACUAUUGUAUUUUAAUAUUCUGUUGGAAACCGCCCAGAGUAGUUGGGGAAACCCAGCCAGAUGGGCAGGGUAUAAAUAAUAAAUUAUUAUUAUUAUUAUUAUUAUUAUUAAGGAAGGCAAUAGCAGGCCACGCAACAUGAACAAUGGAACUUGUGGAGCUAUGGAUGUCUGUUCUAUGAACUUCUAGAGGAAAAUGUUCUGCUGAGUUUUGGAAAUAGCCUGGAAUCAGGGUGAUUCCCGUAGGUGGGGAGGGAGAUCUGGCAAUAUUUGAUUCCAGAGAAUCCUUCACAGAGUGGUAUUUUAUUACGGAAAAUCCCUGAACCCCACAUUUGAGGAAGGAGAGAUUGAAGGAAGAAGUGGGUGUGUUUCCUACCCACUGUGAAGCAACAGAACUUUUCUUACAUGGAAUGCUGUUGAAUGGUUCAUAUAACUAUAGAGUUCUUUUUAUAAUAUAUAUUUUUGUUUGAUUUUAGAAAAUGUAAACAUACAACAGGAAACAAUUCAAAAUCCAAAUAUCGAGAUUGCUCUGAAUCUCCUGACUUCCCCCAUCCCUUCCAUGGGUCCUAAUGGUAAUAUUUACAACUGCGUAUCAAUACUAUCCAAGUUUUAUCCUUCCAAAUUGUCCAUGCUUUCCGUCAGUUUACAAGUGUGGUUAAAAUCCUGCUAACAUUUUAACCUGCUUAUGUUCUGGUAAAUAGAAUGUAAACUUUUCCCAUUCUUUUUUAAAUUUUUUGUCCUCUUCAUUUCUAAGCUUCCCAGUUAAUUUUGCCAUUUCAGCCUAGUCCAUCAACUUGGUUUGCCAUUCUUCUUUGAUUGUAGUUAUUUCUUCCUUCCAUUUCUGGGCGAAUAGCAGAUGUGGUAUGUAUGUAUGUUGUUGCAUACAUAAACAGUCUUUUCUGAUCCUUUGGCAUCUCAGUAACUGUAAUUCCUAAUAAGAAGGCUUCUGGUUUUUAAACAAAAGUUAUUUUAAACAUUUUUUUAUUUCAUUAUAUAUCAUCUCCUAGAAUUUUUUUAUUGCUUUGCACAUCCACCACAUAUGAUAAAAGGUAAAACCUCAGCGCCUAGGACUUGCCGAUCGCAUGGUCGGCGGUUCGAAUCCCCGUGGCGGGGUGCGCUCCCGUUGCUCGGUCCCAGCGCCUGCCAACCUAGCAGUUCGAAAGCACCCCCGGGUGCAAGUAGAUAAAUAGGGACCGCUUACCAGCGGGAAGGUAAACGGCGUUCCGUGUGCUGCGCUGGCUCGCCAGAUGCAGCUUGUCACGCUGGCCACGUGACCCAGAAGUGUCUGCGGACAGCGCUGGCUCCCGGCCUAUAGAGUGAGAUGAACGCACAACCCUAGAGUCUGGCAAGACUGGCCCGUACGGGCAGGGGUACCUUUACCUUUACCUUCAUAUAACUAUAUAGUUCUAACAUCACAUCUUCUUCCUUCCUAGGUCACCUCUCUAUCUGGUCCUCUGUCUGGUUUUAAAAAGAAAAGGAAGCCACAUCAAAUCGGUUUAUUUCUGGUGUUUGGGAGAAGAGGUGGUGGUGGGAAACCCAGUGAAGAUUUCCAGAACAUACCCUCAAGUUUAUCUCUUUGCUCACCAAGCCAAGCCAUCAUGGACUUCCUAUGGAUGAGGUAGGUGGAUACAGGUAGUGGUGUGUUGGUUGCUUGCUGUUUCUUAAUUCUAGAAGCAAACAGGAGGAUCUCUCUGUUGACAGCAGGCAACCCUGGUCAAGUCUAGCACUCGCUAAGCUGGAGCUACCUAAAGUAAUAUGCCAUCCCAAAUAGGUGCCGUGUGCCCCCUUUUCCCCCUCUGCCUGGGCAGUUUGUGGAAAUAAAAGUUGUCAAAACAGCAGGAGAAGGGACAGGAAAGCAGGUGUGUGUGCUUUGGAGUCGAAAGACAGAGCUUUACCAAACACAAGCACACAGAUUUCCCUGUCCCUUCUCAUUUGCAAAGAUCCUCGGGCUGCUUACUUAACUGGGAGUAAGUGCACUGAACUUACGUACAGGUGUAGGGUACAAGAUGGGCAAGGUAUUAUUAUUAUUAUUGUUGUUGUUGUUGGAAUAGGACGUACUUAAGGGACGCGGGUGGCGCUGUGGGUUAAACCACUGAGCCUAGGGCUUGCUGAUCAGAAUGUCGGUGGUUCAAAUCCCCGCGACGGGGUGAGCUCCCAUUGCUCGGUCCCUGCUCCUGCCAACCUAGCAGUUCGAAAGCACGUCAAAGUGCAAGUAGAUAAAUAGGUACCGCUCUGGCGGGAAGGUAAAUGGCGUUUCCGUGCGCUGCUCUGGUUCGCCAGAGCGGCUUAGUCAUGCUGGCCACAUGACCCGGAAGCUGUACGCCGGCUCCCUUGGCCAAUAAAGCAAGAUGAGCGCCACAACCCCAGAGUCGGUCACGACUGGACCUAAUGGUCAGGGGUCCCUUUACCUUUACCUGUGAUAAAGCACUACUGGGUCACUGCCACCAGAACUAUAUGUGGAACCCCAAAGCAAUUCUGUUUUGAGAUGCCUUUAGCCUCCUGAGCUGUAACUCUGGAAAGAUACGCAGGAAUCUAUAGGUCUAGUUCUAUGACAUAGCUAAGCCCACAGACCCUUUUAAGCUACGUAGGCUUGUGGCACCUAUACCACAAUUUGGGCACCCCUACCAUAAAGCGAUUUCCAAGAGAUGUAUCUAUUGAAGAAUCAGAUGGGCAACCUCUAGGUGCCCUUUAUAUGUUGCAUCCAUGCCUGGAUAGCUCCACUACUACUAUUACUACUACUAGUAGUAGUAAUAAUAAUAAUAAUAAUAAUAAUAAUUUAUUAUUUAUUCCCCACCCAUCUGGCUGGGUUUUCCCAGCCACUCUGGGCAGCUCUCAACAGAACACUAAAAACAGAAUAAAACUUCAAUCAUUAAAAACUUCCCUAAACAGGGCUGCCUUCAGAUGUCUUCUAAAAGUCAGAUAGUUGUUUAUUUCCUUGACAUCUGGUGGGAGGGCAUUCCACAGGGCAGGCGCCACUACCGAGAAGUCCCUCUGCUUGGUUCCCUGUAACCUCACUUCUCACAAUGAGGGGACUGCCAGAAGGCCCUCGGCGCUGGACCUCAGUGUCCAGGCUGAACAAUGGGAGUGAAGACGCUUCAUCAGGUAUACUGGAACGAGGCCGUUUAGGGCUUUAAAGGUCAGCACCAACACUUUGAAUUGUGCUUGGAAGCGUACUGGGAGUCAAUGUAGGUCUUUAAGGACCGGUGUUAUGUGGUCUCGGCAGCCACUCCCAGUCACCAGUCUAGCUGCCACAUUCUGUAUUAGCUGUAGUUUCUGGAUCACCUUCAAAGGUAGUCCCACGUAGAGUGCAUUGCAGUACAGUGGUGCCUCGCAAGACGAAAUUAAUUCGUUCCGCGAGUUUUGUCGUCUAGCGAAUUUUUCGUCUUGCGAAGCACGAAAUCCCAUAGGAAUGCAUUGAAAUUCAAUUAAUGCGUUCCUAUGGUCAAAAAAAGUCCAAACAAAGCCAAAUUUGGUACAACAAGAGUUUAUUAAGUGCUCUUUAAAGUCACACAUACUGUAAAGAGCAUUUCAAAAAUUGAAGGAACAAUAAAUUAAGUUUCUAAACAUGACAGAAAAACAUUUAAAAAUCAACAAAGUGUACAGUACAUUUUCUAAGACUCUGGGGGACAACUCGAAGAAGGUGCCUCUUCCACUCUUUGCUUCUUGCUGAAGAACCCCCUCCCCAACUGUUCCCCCAGCCACCCACCACACAGAAAUUCAAAUCCAGAAUUUUUUUAAAAAAACAGCAGAGUGGCCCAAUGGUCACAGAAAAUCAUAAAAAUGCAGGAAAAAAGCACACAAGCUUCCAGAUUCUUACAAACCCCUCCCCAACACCAAGUUCUUGAAUUCCAAACACCCCAACCCAAAAUCCAAAAACCCCCAAAAAUUUUUUAAAAGUUUAACUUACCAAAUGGCUGCAAAAGAAGUUUUGGAAAAGCUUCAAAAAUCACCAAAGUCUUCAAAAACCUCAAAAAAGGCUACCACACCACGUUCUAUGAGUUGCUCCUCGAAGUUAAGUCGCAACUGUAUUAACGGUGUUAAGAAAAAGGAAACAAAAUUGCAAGACGUUUUCGUUUUUCGUCUUGCGAAGCAAGCCCAUAGGGAAAUUCGUCUUGCGAAGCAGCUCAAAAAACGGAAAACCCUUUCGUCUAGCGAGUUUUCCGUCUUGCAAGGCAUUCGUCUUGCGCGGCACCACUGUAGUUGAGCAUCCCCUUUCAAAUGCAUUUCCUACAUUCUUUCCUAUGCCAAGGAAGCCCCUCCCCCCCUUUUUUGCAUGGUCUCUCAUCCCUCAGCACUGCUGUCGUAGAACCAUAGAAUUGUAGAUCUGGAAGGGACCAGCCCUCUUGCAAUGCAGGAAUAUUUACCUCAGUAUGGGGCUCAAACCCACAACCCUGAAAUCAAGAAUCUCAUGCUCUGCUGACUGAACUGUCCCAUGUUCAAGACCUGUUAUGUUAUAGCUGCAUAAUGGGGAACGCUGCUUUCAUGGCACUGCAAGUGUGAGCUAGUUGAUAUAAUGAGGCGGCUGCAGGCCUGACUCUCAUAUAGCCUCAUUCUUGGAGAUUCGUUUCCAUAAUGGAGGGAUAAGUGAUAGAAAGCCAUCUUUCCCUACAAAGGGUGCCUGCUCAGUGUUCUUCUUUACAGAGCACAGUCCUCUGCUUGAAGGCAUCCUCUAUUUAAAGGGAUGCUGUGUCCAGUUCAUUUUAAAGACAAAUUACCUUAAAAAGGAAGAAUGGGGCCCUUGAAUUUGCCCAUUGAAAGUUAGCAGCUGGACAACAGACUUGAUGAUCAUGUUGCUUUAAGAGCAGCAAUCCAUUCUCCGAAAAGAGGUGUGUGCACUAGGCAAAGGAACUACAUGGUAUAUGGACCCAAACUGUCCAAAAUAGAAUUCUGUGCUAACAAAAGUCUUAGUUAGAUUCCCUCUGAUGCCUGCUAAAUCUACAUGGCACAUAGCUUGUGGUGAUCACCUGCAGCAAUACAUUUUACAGCACACUCACUGUGAUGAAGAAACUUGUCAGGGUGCAAUAAGGUCUGUUUUACCAUGACUUUAGUCGUCUUCAGUUAACCCAAUUGAAAAUUUGUUCUGAUUGUGGAAUGGUUGAGAGGGUUAGUUAGAUAUCUGUUGUGAACCUCGAAACUAGCCAGGAUUUUUCUUGAAAGAAGCAUGCAAGAACUUCCAGAACAAUGCCACAUUUUUUUUCUAUUUUUCCCCCCAAAGUUUAAAACAACAACAACAAUUUUUUUACACACACACACGUUUACAUUAAAUCAUAGUCCAUAUCAGUACCUUUGUGGGGUUCCCUGAACCCCCAGACUUCCCCCCCUCCCUUGGCUUCCAAAAUUUAUCUUCCUUUUUUUUACUGCAUCUAAUUGCAUUUAUCUAAAUUAUUGCACUUCCAUUUUAUCCUUUGCCAUUUUAAAUUACAAGUGCUAUAUCAGUCCUGCUAACAUUUCUAUAAAGUUAUGCCAUUCUUUGUUGAAUUUAUUAUCCUCUUCCUAGUCAGCCUUGCCAUUUCCACAUAGUCCAUCAUCUUCAUUAUCCAUUCUUCUUUCGACGGGGUUCUUUCUUUUUUCCAUCCCUGAGCAAAUAACAUUCUUGUCGCUGUCAUCGCAUAGAUAAACAGUACUUUUUUAUCCUUCGGUAAUUCUUCUCCUGUUAUACCUAACAAGAAGGGCUCUGGUUUUUUUUAAAGUUAUUUUAAACAUUUUUUCCCCAGUUCAUUUUAAAUCAUUUCCCAGAAGGCCUUUGCUAUUUUACAAGUCCACCACGUGCCACAUUUUUAACAAGAAGAAAGAAAGAAACUCUCUCAAAAACUAAUAUUGGUCAGAUCACCGCUCCUUCUCUAAUCCCACGUAGCAACGCAGAAAGGCAAGAUUUUUCAUCAAGGAUGGUGUGUUUUUUCUAAUGAAGUCCACUUUUAAGUGGAAACAAAAUGGCCUUAAAAGGUUUUUUUCUGAGAACAAGUUAAAAUGGAAGUGAACAGAGAAGCAGCUGCAACAAGCGCCACAGUCACUCUGUGACUCACCAUCAAAGAAUCUGAAAUCAGAAUUAAUAUUUGCAGAAAAUGAGCUUGUGUGGGGGUUUUUGUGUGUGUGUGUGCAAGGAAUGCUUGAUAAGCAGUUAAGCAAGCUUGAAUGCUGCUGGGCCCUAGGAAAUUGCAAAUGAAUCUUUGGUCUUGCUUAUUUGGCAACUAUUCCUGACCAGCGGGCGAUAUCUGAUGAUUUAGGUAGUGAUGGCAGUUUACUAUGCUACAGGCGAGAACAAAGAUUGAUGAGAAAUGGGAGUGUGCAAAAAAGGUUGUGAAGUAUUUAUAGGCUUCGUUUUUAAAAUGCAUCAAUAUCGGAUGUAUUAUUGCGUAAAAAAAAUAACCUCCCUGUGUUUCAUAGCUAUGCUCUUCUUAUAUAGAAGCCAUAAGGGUUUCAGUUUCAUUAAUUUAAACGAUGAAGUAGACUGCAUUUUAAAAUGGCGUCUGAGUGUUAAAACUGUUGAUUGCUGAGAUAUAUGUGUCUAAGAAAUGUGAAUGUAUCUAUCGCUCUAAGGACAAAUUUAGGUAACUUCUGCUUAUCAGUUUUGAAGCAAAAAUAAGGUAUUAGUUUCUAUAGAUCCGAGGUGAAGAGAAUCUCCCUUGGUAUGCAGAUAUAUAUGUUCAUAAAUUAAGAGAGAGAGAAAUUUUAAAAAUCAGGAUAACUGCCAAGGAACUAUGAACCUCCAGUUGGGCUGUGUAUGUAUUUUACUCUGGCUCCAGUGGGACACCAACAGUGUUUGAAGCUGUGGACACAGGAUGUUAGCCACAAUCCGUAUUUAUCCUGUGGUUUCUUGAGAAAUAUUGCUGUUUGAUCAAACCAGCCCUCAAAUCAAACCAGCUUCCAUUUGAUACAAAUAAGUAAGCUUUGGUUAAGUUGAGGCCUAUAGCAAUUGGGUGGAGACAUCCAACCGUAUGUUUUAUGUUUUAUCAACAUAAAAGUGAAACUCGAAACACAACCUCUCUGCAUUUCUGUUGAAUUAAGGGUAGCAAAAAUGAAUUGAACCAAUGUCCAGACUUUCAAAAACUUAACUUGCAGAAACUUAUCGUUCUAGAUCAGGCAUAGGCAAACUCAGCCCUCCAGAUGUUUUGGGACUACAACUCCCAUCAUACCUAGCUAACAGGACCAGUGGUCAGGGAUGAUGGGAAUUGUAGUCCCUAAACACCUGGAGGGCCAAGUUUGCCUAUGCCUGUUCUAGAUGAAUUAAAACAUAAUAUUUAUAGUCACAUGCUCAUCCAAGCAUGGGCUUACAAGUCUCUUCAUCUAGCUUCUAAACAACCGUUUUUUCCUUCCUUUCUAGAGCUCAGCACUCAGUCUUCUGUAUCUCAGUUAGGCCAUGCCUUGCAGCUCCUAUGAGAGAUUUCCUCUUUUACUUUCUCCUGCAGCUUCGCUCUCUUUCUUUGAAACCGAGAGGAAGCACUCACACUAUGCAACUUAGCAGUGUUCACAGUGGAAUCUAAAACACAGUCAUCUUGCUUCACAUAAAAUGGCGUCUCUCCUUCACUAGAUGGUCCCAUGUGACCAAUGUUAGCCAAUCCCAUGAGGACUACUAGAGAACUCUCUAGAAUUCAGUUGCCAACCAAAUUUGAGCACAUAGUAAUGCAUGCAAGCACUUACAAUUUCAGUGAAUUAAAUGACCGUACUUCACCAUUUCAAGUUGCUAGUGUGUGCAUAGCCUUUGUUGUUGGCGGUUGAGCCUACAGAGAGAAGAAAUUCCAAAGUUUCACCCUCUUGUCUGCGUGAAUCAUUCUAAAAUCCACCCUCAAACACUCACCCAUUCCAAUGCUUCCCCCCCCCCUUUCCACAGCUGA